AAACAGUCCAUCUCUACCACGGUACCCCUACAAUUCUCCCUAAUUCACACGUUCGGAAGCCGAACAUCUUCAUAGCCAUGUUUCUCAACACUGGCCUCUCCCGAAAGGCUCUCAAACCAUAUGUCGCUGAGUUCCUCGGAACGGCUCUCCUGAUCGUCAUCGGCGAUGGCGUCGUCGCUCAGUGUCUCCUUUCCGACUAUCAGUAUGGCACUUGGCUCUCGAUCAACAUUGCCUGGGCCGCAGCUGUCUGCAUCUCAGGCUACCUUUCCGACCCCGGUCCAACCAUCAACCCAGCUGUGACUAUCUGCAUGGCUCUGGUCCGUCCCACUCCCGGACAAUGGCGUAAACUUCCCGGCAAACUCUUUGCUCAGUUCCUUGGUGGCUUUGUCGGUGCCGCCAUUGUGUAUAUCAACUACCGCUCCGCCAUCAAAGACUGGGACCCUGAGUUCACCAUUCCUGGCGGCUCAAUCCUGAGCCCCCGUGGACACCAUUCCGCUGGUAUCUUUUCGACUUACCCUGCUGCAUUUUUCGAGUCGAAUUGGGAGGCCGCAUUCUCCGAGUUGCUUGGGUCUGCAGUCUUGAUGUUUGGUAUUUUGAGCAUCUCGGAUCCGGUCAAUGCGAUCAGGUUCCAUUCGCCUCAGGUGACAGUGUUCUUCCUGCUCACUGCUAUUGGAGCUGCAUUGGGCUGGCAGACAGGCUAUGCUAUCAACCCCGCAAGAGAUUUCGGUCCUAGACUGUUCUCUGCUUUCAUCUAUGGCAGAGAAGUCUUUACCGCGGCCAACUAUUAUUUCGUUGUGCCUAUUUUCGCUCCUAUCGUGGGCUGUAUCGUUGGUGCUGCCACUUACGACUCCUUCCUCUAUGAGGGAGACGGGUCGCGUAUUACCGACGCUCUGGACAAUGUCGAAGAUCGCGAUGGCGCUCUGCGGUUGCACUAAGCUACUUUCCUAGCCAUGCUGAUAUGCUUUACUGAAAGACGAUACUGGCUGAAUAGAGGGUCUUGAUAUGACUGCCUUCCUCUUCAAGACGACUGACGAAGAUAUGUACAACGACACAAGGAUGGGUUUUAUGGGUAAUUGUAGCCCUAGACUGUUUGACACGAAUGUUAGGAUGACGAUGGCGACAGAUGUACGAUGGUAUACAGUAUAUAUAUUUCCUCAUUCUUACUCUAUCGAUGUUAUGCGUUUCAUUAUUAGAUUAUGCCACGAUGGCUAUGGUGCUAGCCAAUGCAGUGUGAUGGAGUUCAACGAGCU